GAAUAGAAUAAUCCACUGAACAACAUGGCAUGCUGUCCAAAUGUCUUCUUAUUGUUUGUUUAAGUACUUGCAAUUAGAGGGUAUUUGGUAUUUUGUUAACACCAAGGAAAGUUGGUAAUAACGCUUGUGUGCUUCAUAUUGAAUGGUUUUGGAUAUUUUUAUACCUCAAGUUUUUACAGUAAUUUUUUGACCGUUUGAAAUUCUCGAAUUAUUCACUAAAAGCAACGAAUUGUAAUCUUGUAAUAUUGAAAUGGGCGUGCCUGACAUCUAUCAAAUGUAAAUUACAAUCCUUUUCUAUAAGAAUCAGUAGCUCUUGCAUUUUUAAAAAAAUUGACUGUCGAGUGGUGCUACUAUCCGGUUUCUGGAAUUAGUAGAUGUCAUCAUGCCUUAUUUGAAUGGUGAACCUUUCGUUAAACGGCAGCCACCAAGUGAUCUCUCAAUAGACGAAGAGUUAUUUUUCCUGCCCACUACGUUGGAAGUUUUUCGUGACUACGAUGACUAUUUCGAACGUACAAUUCUUGUAAAUAGUCUAACAUGGACUUGUUCAGUGUGUAAUAGAGGACCUUCCACUUACAAAGAAGCACUGGCAUGUGAGCGUGGAGACUAUCGGCAAUUGAACGCCUUUGAUAAUGCUCUGGCUUCUGCAUUGCUGUAUAUUAUUGGAGGUGCACGGAAACGAAGGCUCCCAGAACUUGUUGAACUAAUAUGUGGAUUUGCAAGUAGUCGAUUUUUCGUUGGUGAAGAGAUUGAAUUUCAGACUGCAGAUUCGAAUGUUCGGUCUCUUGGUAUUAUUGAUCGUGUGGUCGUGUCACAGAGAAAAAGCCAGUUUGAGCAUAGUGGAUUAUCGAUGGAUCCAAAUGUUCAGAAGCCUGCCUUUCCUGAUGCAUUGAAACUUCAUUACUGUGUAAGGGAGCAUAAAAAGUCUGAUAAUGUAAACCGUAUCGCCUCAAGUGUUUUGGUACCUGGAUCUAUUAUUAAUCGUCGCAGUCGUAACGUACUGGCUAGGGAUCACAUUAAGUUCUUCAUUCGCCACACGUGCGAAUUAAGAAACGGUGUUUUCACACCCAAAGUUUCGAUUUUGCAACGUUAUAAGUUACAUCCGUAUGGACCUGUGACAUGGGCUAAACUAUUUCUGCCACCAGAACCUUGUUGGUCUGAACUGACGCCUGCUCCUCCAUCCUCAAUGAUUCGGACUGUGAGCAAUCUAACGAAGGAAUCCAGUCGCCCUAUAUGCCAAGGUUUUAAAGUUAUCGAUACUUAUACGGAUGAAUGGACCAGUCGAGGUCAAACGAAACCUUCUCCAAACGUUCCAUGUUCCAUUGCCAUUAAUCAUAACAUGGCUUCAUCAGGAGGAACAACCCGUGUACAGUAUUUUGAACCCCUCGGUUUUCAGUCGCAAAAAGUUCUUUAUCAACAGACACAUACACUAAUGGGUGGUACACAUGCAAUGAAUGGUCCCUAUAAUCAGUCAUUACCGCAACCAGUUUUUGAUAUUUCACGUUCUUUAAAAGUUGAAAAAACUGAAUUAGAAAAGGAGUGGAGUAUGGUGCGUCGUCGUGAUGAUUUGGAAUUAUCGGAUUUAGUGCCAUUACCAGAAUUCGCUAAGUUUCCUUCUUCACUUCCUCCGGAUGAUAUUGGCUCAGCUCUACAGUUACUAGAGUUUCUUCAUGUAUUUGGUCCACACAUUGGACUUGUUAUCCCACAAAUAGGUAAAUGUACAGAAGUGAUCGGUACGAAUUUAUCCCGUUCUACUCCUUCACUUACAUUAUCUACUUUGGAAAGUAGCCUUUUGGAAUCGGAUCCUUGUGGUCCUUUAGCCGAUUUCUUUAUAAGUAUGCUGUCUACUAUACGUAGGUUGGAACUGGACGCCAAUUCUCGUCAACCAACUCCAAAUGCUUCGGCCGCAACAAUUGCUGCAGCGUCGGCUGUUGCUGCCGCUGAAGCUGGUUUUUCUGUGAAUACACAAGUCUCCCAUGUUUCUGGAAUUGGAAUUGAUAAUAAUUCACUUUAUGAUGAGGAUGCAGUCGGUCCUGAAGACAGUGCUGUCUUCCGUGUGCUACGGGAUGCUGGAGCUUCAACUCGUUUAUGUGAACUUAUUGGUAUACCAACCCAAGCAGCCACCAUUGCUGCCGGUAAAGCUGCUGUGGCCGCUUCUGUUGCGUUGAACACAACAAGUGGAACUGUUGUAAAAGAGGAUUCAUCAGGGAUUUCAUCUUCAGUAUUUCCAAAUGCAAUUAACCGAAGUUCUGUUACACGUGCUGCAACAACGGCAGUCAUUGCUGGGGCUACAUCUUUACCACCAUUGGAUCGUGCUGGUCUUUCUGAAGCACUUUGGUUACACAUAACUAGUGCAGCUGCAAAAGGUGGGGGCUGGCGUGGUCAGAUUUGGGGAGGUACUCGACUUCUGGAUGACCCUUCCGUUAUGCUGGCCAGAAACAAUUCAGCUUUAGUUGAAAAGCUUAAAAAAGUGUCGGUUUAUGAACUAACUCCACAUGAAAAGUUGAUCUUGCUUACUACUUUGAUGGAUGAGCUCUUGCUUCAACCUCAGAUUCGAGAACGUAUGGAAGAUAAUUACGAACGUGUGCGUUUGUUACGCAAUCAGUUGCGCACUAUACAAGCUGAUAGAACUGUAUUGAUUAACUGUGGUACUGGAAUUGAGGAAGAACAAGAUGUUUUGGCACAUAUGAAGAAAAUGAACUCCACAAAUGAUGGCCGUGUUCAUUUCGCUCCUGUUGGUCUUAAAGGACGCUUGGGCAGAGGAAGAGGUCGUCCAGUGGGUUCUAGUCGUACACUAAGCCGCAAAAAUACGCAACUAGAUUCGACAAUCGCUCCGUUGGAGAAAUUUUUGUCAGAUGAGGAUUAUACGUUAAUCAAUCGGAAGGAACAUCGACCCAAUUCAGAUACUGGAACAACAACUUCUUGUAUCUCUUCCUCAUCUACAGCUAAUAUAUAUGAAAAAUUGACAGAUUCAUUAUUAGAGGAACAAAAGUUACUAGACUCUAUUACUCAGGUUUCGCGUGGUUGCUCAAUGAUACCUCUUGGUCAAGACAGAUUUUAUCGACAAUAUUGGCUAGUAAUGUCUGUACCAUGCAUACUGAUUGAGGAUUGCCCAUGUGUUGAUAAAAAUCCUUAUUAUACUCAUGUUACAAUUCGAAAUCGUCAAGUUGUAUAUACGUAUCCUGAACUUGCUAAACAAAUGGGUCUUAGUAGCUCUGAGGAGGCUGGUAGACAUUUACGGGAAAUAAUCAAUUCUAUUAAGGAUAAUGAAUUAUUAGAUAGAGAAGAAAUAACAUUUCGUGUUGCCGCUUAUCUACCGCAUCAGUCUUUAUCAUCAUCAUCAUCAUCAUCGUCAUCAUCAUCAUUAUCAGGAGGUUUAUCAGUCGAACAACUGCGAACUCUUGUUAAACCGGAACGUGUCAGUGUCCAUGACUCGUCCUUACAUAAUGCCUGUCCUGCAGUUAAACAAUUAGCUAAGCUACGAUGUUAUCCAGGGAAGUCAUCUCUGUCCACAACUGUCUGGUCGAUUCUCAUACCCGAUAAGUACAGGGAAUUGUACCAAAAAAAGAUGCUUGAUUCAAAUAAUCAUACUAUCGUUUCUGAUUCAAACACAGAAGUUGUUACAUCUUCUUCCAUACGUGAUUGUUCUGAUACCCCUGUAAAAUUUGAAGAGUGUUAUAAUAACGUCAAUAACAAUUCUAGUGAUGAUAAUGAAUCGAAAUAUAAGACAGAUGUUUCUGACGAUAACAAAAAUUGGUCUUUGACAAAUGAUGAACUUGAUUUAAUGAUUGAACAAGCCAAAUGGACUAUUGAUUGUCUGGAAGCUUCAUUAAACCCUCGCGGUAUCCGUGAGUCUCGUCUUCGUAAAACGAUUGGUCAGUUGCGGCCUUUACUUAUUAAAGUACUUACCAUGUGUCCACCGGAAAUAAUUUGUGCAACGAACGAUAACUGUUCAACAGUAGUUGACAAGACAGCAAUUAGUACUCAAAUUGCAUCUGGAUCACUCGAACAUGUUGCUACCACUCCGGGGAAAUAUAAUUAUUCAGGUGGUAAAUCAACUCAUGCAGUCAUGUGUUCGUGGUUGGAAAUCGCUCUUGUUGGUAUAGGAUAUCGUCUUGGUCGUUUGGAUUUGAUUAGGCGUCUUUUGUUCAAUAAAAGCGGUAGUCUCACGGAAAAUUCAUCAAACACUGAAACCGAACUAUGUAAACAAGAUCUUAAAGAAUCUCUUCAAAACAAGGGUUCCAGUGAAGUGGAAAAUGAUGAGACUGUCUCUGUGUCAGUUGAAAAUUGUACUGACAGUUCUAUGAAACUUUCUGAGGCUCUAAAAACUCCACUAAAUUGUAGUCCUGUUAAUCCGGAUGUAAAGCGUCUUUCACAAAUAAUUUUAUCACUGGGCCAUGAUGUUAGUCCAAAAGGAGUUGCUGGACCACUGGCGAACGAUGAAAGGACUUUGCGUAGUGAACCUAUUAAUAUGUCAAUCAACAAACAAUCAACUGAUUUAGAAAAUAUAUUUUCAGAAAAUACUGUACCAUCUGAAGUACAUGAUUCAAAUAUAACAGCUAAUUCUAAUAUGACCCAAUCAUUUAGAACUACUGGUUGGCAAAGAUGGUGUGUUAAUGUUGAACAGGCUAGUUCUACAGCACAGUUACAUUUAUUAGCACGUGCUCUUGAACGUGGAGCUCAUCGUGCUACCUUAGGUGGUAGAGGUGUGUCGUCUGCAAUUGCUAAUUAUGUCUCGCAACAUCCUUUACCCGCUCUAAAAUGUACUUCAUGUCGGGGUCCUCCAGAUGUUUUGACUGUAUCAACUGCAUCCGGCAAUCUGUCUGCAUUUUCUGUUUGCUCUGGUUGUGCUUGCCCCUAUCACCUGGAUUGUCUUCUUUCUUCAAGCACCCGACGAACUAGUACCCGACGAUCUCGAACUAAACAACUUGACAUUUCAGAUUCAAAUAGUCCAAAUAACAUUGAUUCACCGUUUACUGGGUUUCUGAGCAAUUAUUCCUCUUUAUCCAGUGUUACAUCUGCUCGUCUUGAAGUGUUAGGUGGUAGUCUUAUAUUGUGUGGAUUUUGUCUUCGUUCAGCCGAGGCGUUAUUGUCAGGAGCAGAUAAUCCUACAGGGCUUUUACAGUCGAACAAUGAAGCAUUUGAAUUAUCUACUACAUUAGUAUAUACAAACGAAGAUUAUCUGGGUACUAAUGAAAAUACUUCACUCCAAAAGAAGACAAAUCGAGUUGGGAGAAAACGUCGUUCUGUUGUUUUUGACGAGUCUGAUGAUCCUACUUCAUACGAUGGGAAUUCAGAUGAGAAAACUGAUCAUCCUCUUGAGAAUAUGGAGGAGCUAGAUCCUGAUAAAUCGACCGGAAAUCAGCAUACGGAAACAGGACACACAAAUAAUGUACAUGUAACUAGACGUCGUGGAAGACCUGCUCGUCUUCAUCGUGUAUAUAGUAGUCGUGGUCGUGGUCGUCGUUCAACGAAAUUUCUGUCAGAGAAAGUUAGUCAUUGUGAUAAAACUGUUGAACCGAGCUUAGAAGUUACUUAUGCAUCACCCGCAUCAGUAGAUAUGUCAUCGAUCAGUAAAUUGUGUGUUACUGUGGAUGUUCAUUAUGAUGAUGAAGUCGAACAGUUGCUUAGUCCUUUAGAUCAUCAAAGUAAAAAAUUCAAAGGAGACUCCGGGUCUGUAAAUUCAGCUUUAACAACAAACAAAUCAUGUCCAACUGUCGAACCUGAGGGAAAUUGUCGCUGUAAGUUCUGUUUUCAGCUAUUGUUUUGUUGAUAAUCUUUAUUAUUAGUACUAAAAUAGUUAGUUGUUUUUAGUACUUAUACUCAUACUAAGUACUGAUUGACUGUCACGAUAUAAUUCUGGAAGCUUUCGAUAUACCUUAUUUGUAAUGGAUGUAAGAAUGAAAUAACUAAAAACAUUCACUCAAUUCAUUUCAUAUAACUUUUGUUAUUAUCUUUGUAGUAGUAACAUUGUUCAUUUCCAUUUGAUCUGUUUCUAUGCACUGAAUUUCCACUUAUUUGUUUGUCCGGUGUUUAAUAAGAUUUAACUAGGGUAGGAAAUUGAGUUUCGAAAAAGCCUUUGGGUUUCCAAACCAAGAUACUACAUUUGUUCAUUCAUUCAUUCUGUAGCGAGGUUUGUAAUUCGUUGUUAUGCUUUACAAUACAGCUAGAAUCAACGUUUGUAGACGAGAUGAGGAAUAGCUCCAAGUUGGACGAAUUCACAUAACUGUAUUCAUUUUUUAAUUUUUCCUACAAGUUGUUAACUACGUAUCAUGUUACAUCGUUCUUCCGUUUCACUCGUUGGUAUUGGAAGUACCUGAAAAUCACACUUUACAUUCUUAUCACUCGUAACCAUUCCGUAUACGAUAAUUUCACUAAGUCAUUUGGUUAAUUUUUAUUAUUUUAUUUAUUAGAAUUUAUCUCGUAACUUGUAAUCACAGAAUUGCUUCUAUUUUCCUUUUUGUUUAGUAAAACGUGCAUCUAUUAUUUUAGAUAAUUGUGUUUCACAAAUUACGAGUACCAAUGAUAGAGGACGUCGUUCUAGUCGUGGUCGUCCUCGAAAAUCUGAAGUUACUCUACCCAACCCCUCACUCGAAAGUCCUGAUUCAGUCAAUCCUUUAUCGUGUAGUCGAGAACAGUUUGAUCAAGCUACUGCUGAAUGCUUCCUAUCAGAACUAUGUACGAUCAGUUCAGCACGUCCACUUCUCCGAUGUGGUCUUGGUCGAACUGUAGCUUUGAAUGAAUUAAAUCAAGCUAACGGUAAUUCAGAAGAUAGUUUCUUCGUUAAUUCCCUAUCUGAACGUUCUCGAGCAAGUCAUCGAACACGCUCAACAACAUCGGGUCAUUCUUCUGAGGACCGUAGAUUAUAUGCUCUAGAUUUGGUCGGGUUACAAGAGAUUUUGGCUCGUGGAGAAUUACCUCAGGGACCAGGACAAGUAAUCUCUCAGCUGCGACUACUCCUAUCUCAUUGGCUGCGUAGCAAUCGUCCUGGUAGUCGUUUGCAUCAAUGUGCUUCAGAUUUACUAGAACAGAUGAAUAAAAAGUUGAAAGCGUUACAACAAUUGAAUAUCCCCUCUGUUAAUGAUAAUAUCAUUAAUAGUAACAAUAGCAACAGUAGUAAUACUGUUACUAAUUCUUUAAAUAACAGUAAUAAUAUUGACAGUGAAAAUCUAAGUCCUGUCAAUCACCACCAAUCACAACCAUUAUUCACUACUAGUCAUUGUGGAAAACGCAAACGGUAAUGAUGAUGAUUUUAUGUUGAUUGAAAUAUGCGGUUUUACAUUUAUUGUGUAUAUUUAUUAUUGCCUUUUUUAUUCUUUACUAUUUAUUUUUGUACAGUAAAAUCACUCUAUAUACAUAAUGAAUAGAAAAUGAGUGUUUUCACUAUCCCUUUCCGUCUUCGCUCUCUUUAAUAAGUCCUGUUUUGAUAAACGUAAGUAUGUUGUUACUACUUUUCUUAUUCUCCUCUCUGAACCACUUUUGAAAAUAAUGUCAAUUGAUGACCUCUUUCUUUUUGUUUCGAUUUGUAUAUGUUGAUCAUUUGUUUUUUUGUGUAUGUACGGUUUCGUUCUUUAUUACUAUAUGCAGACUGUUAUUGAAAUUGUAAUAAAAUAUAGAAAUAAACCAAUUAUCAAUACACGUAAUUCCUUUCUUUACUUUUAAUCUAUCAGUUAAGUCAUUUUUAUGUGAUAUUCUCAUAAUGUUUCAUAAAGGAUAAAGAGAUAUGUGUUUUUGAUUGUUUUGUAAGAGCUAAUGUUUAAUUUCACUUCUUGUUUUAUAGCUUAUUAAAGUGUUUAUCCAGUAAAUAUUGGAAGAUUUUUAAAAGCUUUUUCAAGUAGUUGGGUAAAUUGUAUUAUUGUUUUCUAUCCUUCAAUAAACGUUACCUGUAAGUCUUUAUUUAAGAAUUCUUAUUUACUCUUCAAGUUGGUGAAUUUAUUACUCAAUGAGAUAGUAUAGUGAAUAGUUUUCGUAACUAUUUUCUUUUAGUACAUUUUCUGUUAGUAAGUGUAGAACAAAAGUUCUAAAUUGAAUUAGUUUAAAUUAUUAUCUUUAGAUAUAGUCUGAAACCAAUUUCAAGAAGACUGGCAAAAUAUCUGAAAGAGAGCAAACAAUAAGAUGUGAUAUGAUGUUUUUGUUUGUGGUGACCCUACUUACUUCUGACCGUAUCUCAUCCGAUUUUGAAUCUUUGGUUAUAAUCAAAAAGCAAACAAAUUACUUUAUAAGUACUACUUGCCACCUCUCAUACUGAUAUUAUUUUCAUUGAAGCGAUAAUCUUAUCCUCAUUAUUAACUGUUUAGGAAAAUUGAGUUUUUCAUUUGUUUGUGAAUGGGAUGUAUUUUUAUUCACUACUAAGAAUGUGAAUUCCAUCCAUACUGAUUAUAUAUUAUCAUUUUUCUUCAUUGAUUACCACCUAGAUUUUGUAAGUAUUCUAUAGAAAUCAAUAAUCUUUGGAUUUUUAUCGGGAACUUGAAAAUACGAAAUACGAUCAUCUGUUAAUUAUUUAUAACUUAGUCUUAUCGUUAUACUCCAUUUGUAAGAGUUUGGAAUUAACCAAUCCUAGUGUUAGAUACUGCAGUUGUUCAGUCUAUUGUUGGCACAUCGGCCUCUUUAUAUUAUCAUCUAGUCACAUGCAUCUUCGUUUUUGCACAUGUUCAUCGUACUACCUAAAAAUAGUAAGUAGUCUGAGUUGUGUCCAAAUAUUUUACAUGAGUAUCAUGAUGUGGCAUCCCUUUGUCAAAUCAGUUGAUUUGUUCUAUUCGUUUUAUCCAACCUCAGAUUUCAUUGCAUUGGUUCAUCUUUAUGAUGUUAAUCAUGCUUCAUUUUCCUUUAAAUCUUCUAAACAACGAUCUGUGUAGAGAGGUAAUUGAAAAUCUUCAGAUAUAAUUUAGUAAUUUAUGGAAUGUUAUUCCGUUAGAGUUCGAUGAAUUUAAAACAUGAGUAUAUUAUUACACAAAUUACACUGCACAAAAAUAGUGUUUAUAUGCCAUAAUUGGCUUUCAGUAGUAUCAAUUUAUCGAUAGUUCAUUGUCUUAUUUGACCGAUAUUUGGAGAAUCGGAUUUCCAAUGUUCUGUUAAAUAAUCUAUGUAAAUAUAUAUGAGAAAGCUUUAGUUCUUUGUUGUAUCUAAGGUUUUCACGUAUUUGAAUUCCAAGGCUUAACUCGACAUCCUCAAUAACUAAACUGUUGUUGAUUCAAUUAGAGGAUAACAUAUUCAUUCGGUAAAAGUAAUAUUAAGUGAGAGCUAUUGAUUAUGCGGAGACUUUUCAGUUCUAGGGUUAUUUCGUCUGGCCAAAACCAGAUAAUUUUCGAAAACCAAGGAACUACAUAUUGUAGAUUUGUCCUAGUAUGAGACUGGUUAGCCUAUUAAAUCAGUGUUCAUAAAUAUGAAUAACAACAUAGAUGUCUCAACUGAAAUGAAGAAAGUUAUGUAACCGAUUGGAAUAAUUUCGAAUUCAAUCACUUGUAUGUUUGCUUUGAAUUUAGAUUUCAUUGUGGAUAGCUUCCGUCAGUUAUUGACAUAAGCUUGUAAGCCUGUCAAUAGGAAGAAAACACAUGUUUACAAUUUCACCGUAGAGUAAACCUAAUAUCUGAAAUGAGGAAGCAGUUAGAAAUGUCAGAUUUCGUUAUCUUUAAGCCAUUAUUUCGUAAUCUUAUGAUACUAAACGAAAAAAGAACUUAGAUAAUUGACCGUAAACAUGUACAACUCAUGUGUGAAUAUUUAAUUCUGGAUGAUUAAUUCCGAAUGAUUCAAUAAUCUUUGUUGUUGUAAAAACUACAAAAACAUUCACCUUCCUAAUGAUACGACAAUUAAAAAUAGUCAUGGAAAUAUGUGUACUUUUAUAAACAUAAUAAUGACAAUAAUGACUGUUGUCAUUCUUAUGUUUACAGGUAAUAACUAUUUCCCAAUAGGUGGUAAAAUUAAUUAUAUAAUAGCAGUUUUUUCUCGGUAAUGUCUACCUGUCAUAAACCAAGAAUACGAUAAAUUGUAAUCGUUAAUCAUCUUUGUUGUUUAAAUUAGUUUUUAAAACCUUUUAAGCUAUAAUGAGACAACUCAGUACAGUUAUAGUUUACACUAUUACAUUUUUGUAUAGAAGGAAACUGCUUAAUUUUGGUUAACUCGGAACUAUUGGUUAAAAAUAAACUAUCCAAUGGAAUUAAAAUUGUAACUAGCAAUCACAUUGUAGUCGAAAUGUGCAACUCAAGUCUUUAAUAAACCAAUGAUGAUGAAGAGUAAGUGUUAAUGAAGUUAGCAAAACAGUAUUGCAAAAUCAAUUAAAUUCAAAGAUGUAUGAUUACAUUGGCACAAAUUAAAAUUUCGAAACUCACUGAUGUUUUCAUUUCUUUAAGUACAUAAAUGUAUCAUAGAUACAAAUUAUUCAGUUUGAAUAAAAUUAGUCGCAUCAAUUUUUUUGACCAAAUGUAAACCAAAAAACUGAACCAUCGAACCUACAUGUUCAUGUAGUUAAAUGUGAGUGCUGCCUAUUGUUUUCUAACAACCAACUGAAAAAUAUUUCACAUCUGGUCACUUUAAAGUGUAAGUUGGCUAGUUGACGCGUUCUUGUGACGUGGAAAAAAUUCGAAAAAAAAGUCGAUGUCUGAUCUAUAAUGAUUAUUAAAAUCUUAUACCUUAUCGACGACAAACGUUUCACUUUAACAAAGUUUUCAUCCACAGUAAAUCAUAUGGUAAAUGAAAAUACAUUAACUACUAUACGCUUAUAUUCUUUUCACAGCUAAAUUGUUUGUUAUCUUAAAUUAGGAUGAAUAUUUUUUUCAUCAUAAUAUAAAUAUUUUUGACUAAGUAAGUAGAAAGAAAGUAACGGUAUAACAUGAAUUUAUUUGUUUCGAGAGUUCACUACAGCUGCUUACAAACUAGAAAUAUUUAAUUAUUUGGAAAGUAAUACAAUAUGAGAAAAACUAGAUUAAAAUUAGCUUUGCGAUGUAAAUGUUGAUUAAUAGAAGACAAUAAUUAUGAAAAAAAUUAAAAGGUUUGUAAAAACAAUUGUCUGUUUCUAGGUUGAAUACUUUCGCUACUGUUUAAUAAUAUUAAAUCUGUUAAUAAUAGACUGAUAUAAUGGAUAGUGUCUUAAUUGAUUAGAAUCUAAGUGAUCUAUGGAAUUGAUUUGCUCUCAUCAGUUAUGACAUGUACUUACAUUUUAGGAAGUAGUAACUAUGAGAUGUAUUCAAUUAGUUAUAUUUUCUGUUUAUAGCCGUUUCACUCUAUGAUGAUGCUGCUGCUUCACGUUCAUAAAGUGAUUUUUUAAUCAAAUGAUGUUAAGUCAGUUCACCUUUUGCCAAUCUAACUGUUAGGUUGUGUAAAUCUCUUGUAGUAUGUACCAGUUUCUCUGAUAGAGACCUUUCACGAUUAAAGAUCAAUACCAAAUACUGAAUAGUGAUCACCGAUUUUCAAGCGUGUCGCUUAUGCGAUCUAUGAAGAAUGUAACUUACAAAUUCUAACCAUUAUCAAUAUAAUCUAAAAGCCUUUUUUAAGAAGUAAACUGAUUCCACGUCAUCAAUUAGUUUGUAUUUUAUCAGUGAAAUUUUAAUUAGGAUCGGUUGUUUUUAUCAAAAUUUUAUUUAGUUGAUGAUACAAAAUGAAAUCAGAAAAGUUAGAGAAAUAUAAAGCGUCUUUUUGUCCAAAGAAAAGUGUGUCUUACCAUUUACUCUUAUGUUAAUAUUUUAUAUUCAGUAAAUUGAUAAACAGUUAAAACUUGUUUAACUAAGGAAUCAGUAUCAAUUGAAGAAUAGUUAAGUAACCAAAACAAUUGGAAUCAGUUUUUUGACUUAGUUCUUGUCUUCUCAGAUGUAGACAUAAUCAUUAGUUACUGAAAUUAAUGAUAUUAAAUGACAGAUGAGGAUUUUAACACUCAUUCAUGUUAACAGAUACAUAUUGUAUACUGAAAUUUAGCAUAUUAAAAACUUUUAAUUUAUCCUUAAUUCGUUUUGUAUUGUUUGUUUAGAUCUUUCCGUUGACGUUUAGGACUGCAAUUGAUCAGUCUCUUAUUGGAAUAUGUGCACUCUGUGCGGCUUGUUUAAGUCAUAUAUAUUAUAUGGAGAGAUAGAUGACGGCUAGCAGUGGAAUCCAAGACGCGCGUUUCGUCCUAUUCCGAACUCAUCAGCUAGGUGUACCUUCGUUCCAGGGUUGAUGUUCACUCUGGGACUCGAAAUCCUUAGUUUAUUUGCAUUUAAUGAUUGGUAUGCUAAAAUGUAAAUGAAUGUUGAUGAUUAUAUUGUACAAAUUAGUUCAUUGCACGCUACUACAUUUUGUUAUGAACGUGCAUGAUGUUAUAUCUACUGAAUUCAUUUUCAAAAAUGUAUGCUUUCAUAAUAAAACUAACAUUUUAGUACUGUACGCUUUCAAAUUUGUUUGUUUUCCUCAACUUUAUUUGUAUUCUGCUUUACACAUUCAACUAAUUAAGAAGUUAAUAAAAUUUAAAUGAUAAGCUAAUAUCAGUGCUGAAUGCUUGUUAAUAAAUUAUGUAUAUCAUUUAUAUUGGCUUGAAAGUUUUAUUGUGAAGAAUGAAAGAAACUUAUCAUUAG